UUGAGACUAAUUUGCAUAUCCGAUUACUUCCGGUUUUGUUAGCGCGCCUUUGACUUCUCCACCAAUCAGAUUUCACUCCUCUGACUUUUAUCAACGGGCUGAUAAUGAAAAGCUUCUGCGGCGUGAGGUUUUCGCGGCUUGUAAUUCUCUCGGGCUUUCAAGUCGUCCCAGAGCGUCAAAUCAUGGCCCAGUGCCUUCAGUGUUGUGGAACAUGUACAAGCAGGCUGAGAGAAAGCGCGUGCACACGUCAGACACAUGCACAGUCCCAGAGUAUGGAGUAAGAGGAAACAUUGUCAGAUAUGUGAUGGACCAAGGCAGGGUGAUUGCUGGUUCCAGUAUUGGUUGUCCCACGUGCGUGGAGCAUCAUUUGUACUUUAAUAUGUCUGUUCUGGAGGAUGUUGAGCAGCUCUCUUUAGCCCAGUUGGAAAUAAAGUUCAAACAGGACUCGUUUCCUGCGUCACGCACAGACAUCACCUUCAACAUGCACGUCUAUAGAGUUUUAAGGAGCGCGUUAAAAGGUAUGGCUCAUGAAUCCAGCCGCAGGCUUCUAAUCUCACAGUCUGUUCAGGUCACCCCAGGGACUAUUCGCUUUAACCUGACCGAUCUGGCCGAGUCGUGGAGAAGAAAAGGUAAAAACUAUGGCAUGGUGAUGGCAUUGCAGGCCACUCGUUUCAGCAACGAGCUGGACCAGGUCAGUGAUGUGGAACUCUCGUAUCAGGGUCACGUGGAGAUGCCGCAGCUGAUGGCGUCGCUUGUGGUCGUUUCUCUGAACCCCCAGCAGUGCAGAUCACGUAAGAAGCGCAGCGCGUAUUAUUUACCCGUCACUCCCAGCAACGUGUGCAAACCCAGACGCCUCUACAUCGACUUUAAAGAUGUGGGUUGGCAGGACUGGAUCAUCGCGCCCCAAGGAUACGUGGCUAAUUACUGCCACGGUGAAUGCCCCUUUCCUCUGAGCGAGAGCUUGAACGGGACAAACCACGCCAUUCUGCAGACAUUGGUGCACUCAUUUGACCCGAAAGGAACUCCUCAGCCAUGCUGCGUUCCCAUCAAACUGUCUCCCAUCUCCAUGCUGUACUACGAUAAUAAUGACAAUGUGGUGCUCAGGCAUUAUGAGGACAUGGUAGUGGAUGAAUGUGGUUGUAGAUAAAUAGCGGUUGUUUCUUUUAUAUGCAUACAAUAAACUUUUUUUCCAUUUAAAAAA